GCACGGCUCCGGCUCCUCGGGGCGCGGGGCGGCGCGGGCCGGGGUGAUGCUGCUCAAGCUCCUGCAGAGACAGACCUAUACCUGCCUGUCCCACAGGUAUGGGCUCUAUGUCUGCUUCGUGGGCGUCGUCGUCACCAUCGUCUCUGCGUUCCAGUUUGGAGAGGUGGUUCUGGAGUGGAGCCGGGAUCAAUACCAUGUCUUAUUUGAUUCCUACAGAGAUAAUAUUGCUGGGAAGUCCUUUCAGAAUCGGCUCUGCCUACCCAUGCCAAUCGACGUGGUGUACACCUGGGUGAACGGCACAGAUCUUGAGUUGCUGAAGGAACUGCAGCAGGUCCGGGAGCAGAUGGAGGAAGAACAGAAGGCAAUGAGAGAAAUGCUUGGGAAGAACACAACAGAACCCACGAAAAAGAGCGAGAAGCAGUUGGAGUGUCUGCUGACACAUUGCAUCAAGGUGCCCAUGCUUGUCCUGGACCCACCCCUGCCAGCCAACAGCACCCUGAAGGACCUGCCAUCUCUUUAUCCAUCUUUUCAUGCUGCCAGUGAUAUUUUCAAUGUUGCGAAACCAAAAAACCCUUCGACUAAUGUCUCCGUUGUUGUUUUUGACACCACUAAGGAUGUUGAAGAUGCCCAUGCUGGACUGUUCAAAGGAAACAGCAAGCAGACAGUUUGGAGGGGUUAUUUGACCACAGACAGAGAAGUCCCUGGGCUGGUGCUCAUGCAAGAGUUGGCAUUCCUGAGUGGAUUUCCACCGACAUUCAAGGAAACAAGUCAACUGAGAACAAAGUUACCAGAAAACCUUUCUUCUAAAAUAAAACUGUUGCAACUGUACUCUGAGGCCAGCGUCGCCCUCCUGAAGCUGAAUAACCCCAAAGGCUUCCAGGAACUGAACAAGCAAACUAAGAAGAACACGACCAUCGAUGGAAAAGAGCUAACCAUAAGCCCUGCAUAUCUGUUGUGGGACCUGAGUGCCAUCAGCCAGUCCAAGCAGGAUGAGGACGUGUCUGCCAGCCGCUUUGAAGAUAACGAAGAGUUGAGAUACUCAUUGCGAUCUAUCGAGAAACAUGCGCCAUGGGUUCGGAAUAUUUUCAUUGUCACCAAUGGGCAGAUUCCAUCCUGGCUGAACCUUGACAAUCCGCGAGUGACAAUAGUAACCCAUCAGGAUGUUUUCCGAAAUGUCAGCCACUUGCCGACUUUUAGUUCACCUGCUAUCGAAAGUCACAUCCAUCGCAUUGAAGGGCUGUCACAGAAGUUUAUUUACCUAAAUGAUGAUGUCAUGUUUGGGAAGGAUGUCUGGCCAGAUGAUUUUUACAGUCACUCCAAAGGUCAAAAGGUUUAUUUGACAUGGCCUGUGCCAAAUUGUGCUGAGGGCUGCCCAGGCUCCUGGAUUAAAGAUGGCUAUUGUGACAAGGCCUGUAAUAAUUCAGCCUGUGAUUGGGAUGGUGGUGAUUGCUCUGGUAACAGUGGAGGGAGUCGCUACGCUGCCGGAGGUGGGGGCACCGGGAGUAUGGGAGUCGGGCAGCCCUGGCAGUUUGGUGGAGGAAUAAACAGUGUCUCUUACUGUAACCAAGGAUGUGCAAAUUCCUGGCUCGCUGAUAAGUUCUGUGACCAAGCCUGCAACGUCCUGUCCUGUGGGUUCGAUGCUGGUGACUGUGGACAAGAUCACUUUCAUGAACUGUAUAAAGUAACUCUCCUCCCAAACCAGACGCACUAUGUUAUCCCAAAAGGUGAGCGCCUGCCUUAUUUCAGCUUUGCAGAAAUAGCCAAAAGAGGAGUUGAAGGUGCCUACAGUGACAACCCAGUAAUUCGACACGCUUCUAUCGCCAACAAGUGGAAAACCCUGCAUCUCAUCAUGCAUGGCGAGAUGAACGCCACCACGCUGCAUUUUAACCUCACCUUUCAAAGCAUGAGUGAUGAGGAAUUUAAGAUCCAGAUAUCGGUGGAUGUGGACACGAGGGAGGGACCCAGACUGAACGCCACAACCCAGAAGCCCUAUGAAAGUCUGGUUAGCCCAGUAACACCUCUUCCAGAGGCAGAAGUUCUUUUUGAGGAUAUUCCCGAAGGAAAACGCUUCCCGAAGGUCAAGAGACAUGAUACUAACACAACUGGGAGACUCCAGGAGGAGGUGAAAAUCCCCGUGGUAAAUACCUCACUCCUUCCAAAGGAGGCCCAGUUGAGUCUGAGCAACUUGGACUUGCAACUGGAACGUGGGGACAUCACUUUGAAAGGAUACAAUUUGUCCAAGUUGGCCUUGCUGAGGGCUCUUCUGAUGAACUCAUCGAAUAUUAGAGUAAAAACUCCAGCUAUACAAGCAAGUGACAAUUUGGAGGCUCCCCCCAAAAAACUGACUCACCAAAGCUCAGACCACUUUGUUACUGCUCAAAGAUUACAGAGGUCAACAGCUGUUCCAGCUGGGCCAGCGCAAGUGAAUGGUCACCACCAGGAUCUGAGGGUACCUGUGGUCUCGGAGACCAAAGCAAGAGUUAAGUUAAAAACUCAGAUCCAAAGUGUAGCCGGCGUGAGUAUGCCCGAAGAACAGUUGUCACCUCCACGCACCUCACCAGAAAGUCGCGUGGCUAAAGAGAAGCUCGUAGGGAAAGGCAAGGAGGGAGAUGGGGUGGCGGACAAGGCUCAGGCCCCCCUCGCUGUGGAUGACGUGGUGCCUGGGAGAAGGCUGCAGCACCACACCGGAAGUUACCUUGGGUUUUUGCCUUGGGAGAAAAAGAAGUAUUUCCAAGACCUUCUUGAUGAAGAAGAGUCCUUGAAGACACAGUUGGCAUACUUUACUGAUAGCAAAUAUAAGGGGAGACAACUAAAAGAUACAUUUGCAGACUCACUCCGAUACGUCAAUAAAAUUCUAAAUAGCAAGUUUGGAUUCACAUCCCGGAAAGUCCCUGCACAUAUGCCUCACAUGAUUGACCGAAUUGUCAUGCAAGAACUGCAAGAUAUGUUCCCUGAAGAGUUUGACAAGACAUCGUUUCACAAAGUCCGCCACUCUGAGGACAUGCAGUUUGCCUUCUCUUAUUUCUAUUAUCUCAUGAGUGCGGUUCAGCCCCUGAAUAUCUCUCAAGUAUUUGAUGAAGUUGAUACUGACCAGUCUGGUAUCUUGUCUGACAGAGAAAUCCGGACACUGGCUACCAGAAUUCAUGACCUGCCUUUAAGCUUGCAGGAUUUGACAGGUUUGGAACACAUGCUAAUAAAUUGUUCAAAAAUGCUUCCUGCUAACAUCACUCAGCUAAACAAUAUCCCUCCAACCCAGGAAGCGUACUACGACCCCAAUCUGCCACCAGUGACUAAAAAUCUGGUCACCAACUGUAAACCUGUAACUGACAAAAUCCACAAAGCAUACAAGGACAAGAACAAGUAUAGGUUUGAAAUCAUGGGAGAAGAAGAAAUCGCCUUCAAAAUGAUUCGUACCAAUGUUUCUCAUGUGGUUGGCCAGCUAGAUGACAUAAGGAAGAACCCCAGGAAGUUUGUUUGUCUCAAUGACAACAUUGACCACAACCAUAAAGAUGCCCAGACGGUGAAGGCCGUUCUCAGGGACUUUUAUGAAUCCAUGUUUCCCAUCCCCUCCCAGUUUGAGCUGCCAAGGGAAUACCGGAACCGCUUCCUUCAUAUGCAUGAGCUGCAGGAAUGGAGGGCGUAUCGAGACAAGCUGAAGUUUUGGACCCAUUGUGUGCUAGCAACAUUGAUUAUAUUUACGAUAUUUUCAUUUUUUGCUGAACAGUUAAUUGCUCUUAAGCGGAAGCUGUUUCCCAGGAGGAGGAUACACAAGGAAGCUAGCCCGGAUCGAAUCAGGGUAUAGAGGAUCUUCACCUGACACUCAUCUACCUCAGCCUUCUCUGAGCAUCUUCACCUUCUCCCGUUUGUGAUAGGAUGCUCAGUCAGCCUGGCCGGAAGGAGGGACGCCUCCAGAUCACGCUGUUCGGCGACACGGAUGGAGCCACUGCUCUGGGGUUAUUGAAACUCACACACGGAAAACGUGUGUUGAGCAGCUCUGAACUGAUUGUGCUUUUAAAGCAUUUGCCCAAGGACCUGUCCACCUCUUUGUAAAAAUCCUCACUGACAAGCUGCUAAUUUCCCAGCACAACCAAUUACAAACUAACAUAAGAAGCCCACACCAGCUUAUAAGAUUGCUUACAGGCCUCAGUCUUUGCAUUCCAAAGCCUUUUGGUGUAAUUUUCACUUUUUUCCCAUUUCCCAUUUUUAAAGUAAGUUGCUGUUAAGUGAAAGUCAUCUUUCCUUCUGAAAAAUACUGAAUCAGGAUGUCUAAACAUGUUUUUAUAGGUGUUAUUUAAAUAAUGCAGGAAUGUCUCUUCCUUUUGGCGCAUCUAAAUUGUUGACUUUAUUAACAUUGAAGUGGUCUCGAAGCACUGGUGACUGCUGAAGAGCUCAUGACUGAUGGUGGAGAUGCUCUGUGCUUAUUUACCUCCACCCCUGAGAAUGCUGUGACUUCCUGUCCCAAGGGCUAGAGCUAAGUAGCCUGCUUACCAGAUGGGAUUACGUUUCGGAAAUGUACGUAUUCAAACAAAAGUGCCUCACUUUAGAAUAAGUAGUGCUCAUGCACAGGCACAUUACCAUGGUGUCUAGUUUAAUACUCACUAAUAUAUUCCAGUUGUUCACCCUGUGGAUUUUGUAUAGAGCAGAGCUCAAUCAACUUUUUUUUUUUUUCUGUAAAAGGCCAGAUAGUAAAUAAUUUUAAGACAGAUGUGUCUCUGUCACAUAGUCUUUUGUAUUACUGCUUAGGAUUUUUUUUUUCAACCACCUUAUAAAAACAAAACCCAUUUCUAGCUUGUAGCUGUACAAAAACAGGCCAGACUCAACCCGCAGGCCAUUGUUGGCAGGCCAGAUAAUUAGCCUCGUUUUCAUGGAUGGGUAAACCCUGACAUUCAGCCAUGUUCUGUUAAGUCAUCACACCAUGCCUUUUUUAAAAAAUUAUUUUAUUUAUUUGAGGGAGGGAGAAUGGACAUGCCAGGGCCUCUAGCCACUGCAAACGAAGUCCAGACACAUGCCACUUUCUACAUCUGGCGUAUGUGGGUCCUGGGGAAUUGAACCUAGGACAGGCAAACACCUGAACUGCUAAGCCAUCUCUCCAUCCCUACACAGUGCUUUUGUGCAGUCCCAAUUCCAUGAGCCCUUUUCAAAUUCUGACAGGUAUUUUAGAUCAUGUUCUUAGCAGUAUUCUUCCCAAAUGGCACACCUGUUUUGUAAACAGAAUUUGAGAUGUAAAUACUGUGUUUGUGCUUUAAGAGUUAUGUACUUCAAAAACUAAAGUGUCAUAAAAAGUCA